AUGCCGAAGCAAAACCAGACUUCUAUAACCGCAGCGCUGCUGCAUGCUUCUAAAGGCAAUGAUACUCCUCAUGAAGGUAUCUUGAAGGCAGCCAAGGAUCGCCGCGAGCACAGUGUAGCUGCUCUACCACAAAUGAACGCGAAGGCCGUCGCAAUUGCCGCUCAAAUCAAGGAACUUCGGCUGCAGCAAAGAGCUGUAGCAGCUGGCAUCGCACGCCUCGAAGGAGACAUUUUGGUCUGCGAUAGACUGUUAGCACCAAUCCGACAAGUCCCACUCGACAUCCUUCCCAGUCUAUCAUCCGCAAUACUGUGGGACAAGCUUUUCCUGGACAUCAAGAAAACGGACCGCAGUUCUCUUGAGCAAGUUGAAUGUGCAGCAAAAGAGUGGUUUUCGCGGGCAAGAGCUCGUCCGCUGUCGCUCUUCGUCGAUUGGGAAGGGGAUACUCCUUCAAAACCAGAUGUUUUUCGCCGAUUUCUCAAUCAUCUAUCUCCCAAAAUCCACCAUCUAGGGCUUGGUGCUUGGAACUUAGCUGAUCUCCUUCGUCAUUUUAAUACCAGUACCACCUGGCACUGGCCAAAUCUCCAAUAUCUCGACCUCAUUGAACAUAGGUCUUGGCAUGCAGAUGACGAAGGAGAGCUGCCACCAGAUAUAGUAAUGUUCAAUUUCGACGCAGCAGACAACCUGAAGCAAGUUUCCAUUAGCUACAGAUUCACAUCUGAGCAUCACGCAUACCGUUUUCUCCCGUGGGACUCCUUGACACACAUUGUCCUUGAAAAUUGGGUGCGUCUUGAGUACUGGUGGGAUAUCUUUCGAUGGUGCUCGUGCCUUCAAGCCGGACAAUUCUUCGUGGACAAUUUCUAUUUGUGGGAUGCCCCGGAACCUCAGCCAGAAAACAUGGAGCAGAAAUACACUCAUCCUGACCUGGAAGUCCUUGAUCUUGUCUUAUAUUGUUAUGACGAGAGCGCCAUCGGGAUGACGGUACCCUUUACAUUCCGGAAACUGAAGAGCCUCUGCAUCCACCGUAGCGAUGAAGGAUCUCAGGCUCGUGUCAUGAACUGGCCUCGUUCAAGCUGCGUUAAUUCCUUUGAUUCCCUUCGCAUAUUAACUCUUGAAGAUGGUUGGCUCUGUUACGAUGCGGAUUACAUGGUUGGCAUCUUAUCUGAGAUGGUCAGCCUGUCUGAGCUCGUCGUGCAAUCCAUCUACAUUGUCAACAUCGAUUCGGAGUCAGAUAAUUACAGGAACCCAAAGGUCUUCGACGCGAUGACUGCCACCAACACCAAUGUCAUCCUCCCCAGGCUAACCAUACUCCGUCUGUCAUUCAACGGUGACUACAUUCGGGACUACGUCCCUGUUUUUCAAGCAAUGCUGCUGUCCCGCACCCAGUUCCUUCCACCCAAUUGCAGUCGUCUGGAAGAGCUGGAAAUCGCCCUCGGCUACUCAGAGUCUGACGAGCAGCUCUUCAAGGAAGACCUCGCAUCCAUUGAACAGCAGGGCUUUUCCAUUCACUGGAAUAACAGCACCAAUGGUCUGGUAGAUAAAGCGCCUUGUAACUUCCGUCGCCCGUUCCAACGUCCUUAG